CGCCCUAUCAACCUCAUCCUGCACAGAACUGACCAAACUCUACCCUCCUUCAUAUGCAAACCAGUGCCUGCUACAGAGCCUCCCCUCUGCAGCUGCCUAAUAGUGAGCCAACGCUUGUGAAUGGGGAAAGGCGCCUGCGCGGGAGGAUCCGGCUCCCUUCCUGGCAAAAAGUGAGCCGCUAGGUACUUGUCGCUUGCAGCUUGCAUCUGGAAGGGGCGAGGGGGCAAAAAAUCAUCCGGAGCUGUGCAUAUACAGUGUGCAUGUUGACUCGCUCGUGCAUCCGGGCACUGUGGGCAAAAUGCAUGUGGCGCUGAUCUCUAUGGGCUCCCGUGGGAUGCUGUAACCAGAAAAGACGUUGGCCGCGAAUUGUGUUCCUAUGAGGCACAUGCGCAAAACAGAAAAUGCCGCUGGAGACAGUGCUGGUUGUGAAGCUGAUGAGUUUUCAGAUGAAGCAAAUGCCGAAACCUUCUAUGGCACCUCUCCUCCCAGCACUCCCCGACAGAUGAAACGUAUGUCAACCAAACAUCAGCGGAACGGCACGGGGAGGCAAGUCAAUCGAACUUUAUGUAAAGAAAAGAUGAGCACACCAAAUCCGACACCUCCGAAAGAAUCGACUAAAAAUACUGAUAAUGUAGAGGAUCACAGCUAUCGUCAGGAAAAGAAGAACAGAGCAGCGCUCAGGACUACAGAAAGAGAUCGCAAGAAAAACGUGCAAUGCUCCUUUAUGCUGGAUCCAGGCUGUGGAUCCUUGCCAAAAAAAUCCAUACCAGAUGUUGACCUUAAUAAGCCUUACCUCAGCCUUGGCUGCAGCAGUGCCAAGCUACCGGUGUCUGUGCCUGUUCCUAUUGCCAGGACAACACGACAGACCUCAAGAACAGACUGCCCGGCUGACCGCUUGAAGUUUUUUGAGACUCUUCGUCUCCUGCUUAAGUUAACUUCAGUCUCUAAGAAAAAAGAAAGGGAACAGAGGGGUCAGGAAAACAGCUCUUCUACCUGGUUUAAUAGAUCGCAUGAACUCUUCUGGCUGGAGCUCCAAGCCUGGCAUGCUGGCCGCAGUAUUAAUGACCAAGACUUGUAUCUUUAUACAGCUCGGCAGGCUAUACCAGAAAUUAUUAAUGAAAUAUUAACUUUUAAAGUAAACUAUGGGAGACUGUCAUCUGUCAGCAAUGGGGGAGAUCUCAACGGGACUUUCUCUGAGGGGACGUGUAUCCAUUCUCAUGAAACUGUUGCAGGUGGUCACUCAAGCUAUCAUGACCACAUCCAGAAACAGAGAGUCUCCUUUGAGCAAGUAAAUCAGAUAAUGGAACUGCUAGAGUAUAUUGAGGCACUUUAUCCAUCUUUACAGGCUCUCCAGAGAGACUUUGAAAAAUAUGCUGCAAAAGACUUUCAGGCACGAGUGCAGGCACUCUGUUUAUGGCUUAAUAUAACCAAGGACCUGAAUCACAAGCUCAGGAUUAUGGGAACCGUUCUAGGGAUCAUAAAUCUUUCUGACAUUGGCUGGCCAGUGUUUGAAAUAUCGUCACCACGUCCAUCAAAUGGUCCAGAAGAAGAGGGCAAUGAAAUGGAACAAGAAGGGGUUAUGAGCACAGAAAGCUCAGGAACUUGUACAGAAGAAAGUGACUAUGAAAAUGAUGAGAUGGACAAAUUGCUGGAUGCCAGGCAGGACGCAGAGAAUAAUUUAAACAGCAAAUUAAAGGUUAAUUUUAUAAAAGAGGACACCUUUCAGAAAUUGGACAAGUUAAUGUCGGAGGAUGACUCCUGCUGGGUAACUUCAGAAUGUAGCCAUGACAAUGGCUGUAGUAAGGAUUGUUUGACUUCGAUAUACCGACCCUUUGUGGACAAGGCAUUAAAGCAAAUGGGCCUCCGAAAGUUGAUUUUAAGGCUUCAUAAAUUAAUGCAUGGCUCACUUCAGAGGGCGCGCACGGCUUUGAUAAAGGCCGAGCAUAAACUGGAGUCUUCAGAGUUCCCAGACCUCAUGUUAUGCUCAGAUUAUUUACCGGACCUUCUGAAGCAAUCUUCUAGUUCCAUGCAGAACUUGAAUCCAUCGGAACCUAUCUCAUUAGAAGAGCUGGAUGCCAUGGACCUGCCAUCUUUUGAGCCAGCCUUCCUAGUCCUUUGUCGUGUACUUUUAAAUGUAAUUCAUGAAUGUCUCAAAUUGAGAUUAGAGCAGAGGCCAGCUGGAGAACCAUCACUCCUGAGCAUUAAACAGUUAGUGAGAGAGUGCAAAGAAGUGCUGAAAGGUGGUCUGCUUAUGAAGCAAUACUAUCAGUUCAUGCUCCGAGAAGUACUAGAUGAUUUUCACAAGCCUGACUGUAACAUUGAUGCUUUUGAGGAAGACCUGCACAAAAUGUUAAUGGUGUACUUUGACUACAUGCGGAGCUGGAUCCAGAUGUUGCAGCAGUUACCUCAGGCAUCUCACAGCCUGAAAAACCUUCUGGAGGAAGAAUGGAAUUUCACCAAAGAAAUUACACCUUACAUACGGGGAGGAGAAGCUCAGGCUGGGAAACUCUUCUGUGAUAUAGCAGGAAUGCUGCUAAAGUCCACUGGGAAGUUCCUGGACUCUGGCUUACAGGACAGCUGUGAUGAAUUUUGGGCCAACACUGAUGAUGGUAGUGUCUCUGAUGAAAUUAGGAGAUCAGUUAUAGAAACCAGCCGUGCCCUGAAAGAACUCUUUCAUGAAGCCAGAGAAAGAGCAUCGAAAGCUCUCGGAUUUGCUAAAAUAAUAAGAAAGGAUUUGGAGAUUGCUGCAGAGUUUACAUUUUCUGCAUCUGUGCAAGACCUGUUAGCUUACCUAAAAAACAAGAAUUAUUCAAAGGUGCUAGUUCCCACCCUGGAAAAUCUGCAUGUGUUUGUUCCAGAUAAUUUUUCUAGAGGAAGAACUGUUAUUUUGCAGCUACUAAAUGCUGCAGCUGGUGUCGACUGUUCUAAGGACUGUGAAGACGUGGCAUAUGAUGCCUUCUUGUUGAUGACCAAGCACACUGAAGUAGACCAGCAUUUGGCGGAUGUCUGGAGUAGCUGGGAAGGGCAGACUGUGAAAAUAGUGCCACCUGUAGAAACCGUUGAUACGCUGAGAAGUAUACAGGUUGACAAUCUACUGCUUGUGGUAAUGCAGUCUGCCCAUUUGUUGCGCAAUAGAAAACAUUUUCAGCACUCUGUUGAGGACAUCUUGUCUCUGAAGCUUGAACAGACAUCCAGCCAUCCAGUAAUCGCAGAAGCUUUGCAUCAACUCAAGAGCGACUCCUUAGACCUCUGCAGUAAGAUCAACAGCGCCAUAGACCGGGUGGAUCAGCUGUACAGCUCCGAAUUUGAAGCAGAGAUGGAUGAAUCAGAAUCCUCCACUUUGCAGCAGUAUUAUCGAGAAGCCAUGAUUCAAGCUUACAACUUUGGUUUUGAGUACCACAAAGAAGUUGUUCGUCUGAUGUCUGGGAAAUUCAGAAAGAUAAUUGGGGACAAAUAUAUCAGCUUUGCCAGAAAGUGGAUGAACUAUGUUCUGACCAAAUGUGAAAGUGGUCGAGGAACCAGACCAAGAUGGGCAACACAAGGAUUUGACUAUCUCCAAGCUAUUGAACCAGCAUUUAUCUCAGCUCUUCCCGAGGAUGACUUUCUGAGUUUGCAAGCACUCAUGAAUGAAUGCAUUGGCCACGUUAUUGGAAAACCACAUAGUCCUGUCACCGGCUUGUACUUGAUUACACAUCGCAAUAGUCCACGACCUGUAAAGGUGCCUCGAUGUCACAGUGACCCACCAAAUCCCCACCUGAACACUCCUGCUCCUGAAGGCUUUAGAAAUCGAGACUCGUCAGACCAGGCAACAUUUUUCCAGUCUUCAACCGUCCAAUUUUGUCGUGUUUUCUCAUGUGAUGUGAAGAGCUCAUCCAACACAGCUGUCGGUCGCCCCACUCCUCUUUGUAGUGAUUCAGUUCUACAAAAAUCCUUCAGCAUUGCAAAUGAUAUCAGGGGCUCAAGUGUCCCAGAGAAUGACAGACUGGCCUCCAUAGCAUCUGAGUUGCAGUUCAGAUCCCUAAGUCGACAUUCAAGCCCAACGGAGGAGAGAGAAGAGCCUACUUAUCCGAAGGCGGAGCAAGGAAGUUCUACAAGGCGAAGUUGGGAGCUUCAGAACCUAAUUAGUCAGACUCGAGACAUUGCUGCCAGGCACCGACCUAUGAGUGCCAUUCAGAAAUCAGUCAUGGUAUUCGAGGAGCAAAGAUACAGAGAAAUGAGGAGGAAAAACAUAAUUGGACAAGUCUGUGAUACUCCUAAGUCCUAUGAUAACUUUAUGCAUGUUGGGUUGAGAAAAGUGACCUUCAAGUGGCAAAGAGGAAACAAAAUUGGUGAAGGUCAGUAUGGCAAGGUCUACACAUGCAUUAGUGUUGAUACUGGAGAACUCAUGGCAAUGAAAGAAAUCCGCUUUCAGCCAAACGACCAUAAGACAAUUAAGGAAACUGCAGAUGAACUGAAAAUUUUUGAAGGCAUUAAACACCCUAACCUUGUUCGCUACUUUGGGGUAGAACUUCACAGAGAAGAAAUGUAUAUUUUCAUGGAAUAUUGUGAUGAAGGUACUUUGGAGGAAGUCUCUAGACUUGGUCUUCAGGAGCAUGUCAUAAGGCUUUAUACCAAGCAGAUCACAAUUGCAAUAAAUGUGCUCCAUGAACAUGGUAUUGUUCAUCGAGAUAUUAAAGGAGCAAAUAUUUUCCUGACAUCUUGCGGCCUAAUAAAAUUGGGAGACUUUGGAUGCUCGGUGAAGCUGAAAAAUAAUGCCCAGACUAUGCCUGGCGAAGUAAACAGCACACUGGGGACAGCAGCAUACAUGGCACCAGAGGUCAUCACAAGAGCGAAAGGAGAAGGUCAUGGCCGUGCAGCAGACAUCUGGAGUCUAGGCUGCGUCCUCAUUGAAAUGGUUACUGGCAAGAGGCCAUGGCAUGAAUAUGAACACAAUUUCCAGAUUAUGUACAAAGUAGGUAUGGGACACAAGCCUCCCAUUCCAGAUCGUUUGAGCCCAGAAGGUAAAGAUUUCCUUUCUCACUGUAUGGAAAGUGAUCCAAAGAAGCGAUGGACGGCUAGCCAACUACUGGACCAUGCUUUUGUCAAGGUUUGCACAGAUGAAGAAUGAAGCUGUCAAGAAGAUAUGGCCUAAUAGAUUUCAGCAAGUCAUCUCUUAAUCACUACUGUAUGUAAUAUUUACAUAAAGACUACGCUGAGGAACACAGUGCAACGUCAUGUAAUACCGUGACUUAAGACUGCACAGGUGGCAGCCGUCACUUCUCCUGCUGCUGCUCUCAUACAUGUUGUUUGGCACAUUUUCUUCAUGUGACAAUGUCCCGCACGUAUUUUUUGUUUUUAUAAAAGCUGCAUGUUUCGGUGAAGUGCCAUUACUACUGUACAUGGACCAUUGUGUUUUAAUUUGUUCUCUGGCUUAUUUCUCAUAUGAAUGAGAACUGUAAUAAACAUAGUACUGUUUUCAACUUAUCAAGCUCUGACGCAAGUUGUAGUAUUACCAUGCAUUCUGGACCUUGUAAAUGUUUCUACUUCCCGAUUGUCGAGUGCACUGUGAACCUAUCAUUCUAUGGCCAGCUACAGAUUUGUUAUGCAAGAAAAAAAAAAAAAGUUCUCUCAGUUGGAAAAACAUUUUCUUAAUAAAUGGUUUAUUUUAGGACAUCUAAGUAUUUUGUUGCUGCUUAUAUGGAAAUAUGGAAUGGGUUCAUGGAGGGUAACAGGGUAAAGGAAACCUUAGUUUUAGUAUUUCUAGAAAGCAAUUGUCUGCAUGUACGACGGGCUGAUCGGGCAGGUGCAGGAGCUGCACCCCCCCACCCCCCAGUCAGUGGCAGGGGUCCAGCAGUCACUGAUAGCCGGACCCCUGCUGUGUGCGCCAGCAUCAGUGAAAACACAGAUGCCGGCGCAUUAACCCUCGCACUGCCGCAAUCAGUGCUGACCGCAGCACGUGCGGGAUCCUAUCGAGUAUGUGUGGCCAUCGGGUCCUUGCGCUGCUGUGACGGGGACCCGAUGGCAGGGAAGGCAGCCCGAUGCCUUCCGUGACAGCCUGUGAGAUCCAGCCCCCUGGAUCUCACAGGAAGCAGGC